AUGGAGGAAAAAAAUCCCAGUACUUUUGGGUGCUUGAUCGCCAUCGCACCCAGCGUCGUCCACAGCCGCGUAGGAUGCUUGAAAUCCUUCGCCGGCCCGGGCACAGCCGGCCCCGGAGAAACUCCAACGUCCUCGACCGCACGUCCACGGGCUCCGCCACGAUCUCCGAUGCUCCGUUGGUGGGAGGACCAGGAGGAGCAGUUAUUCUUCUUCUUGUUCUUAUUCCGGUUGCGGUUGGCGUGGUUGCCUCCGCCGCCGCAGUUUCAUGAUGUGUCGUCGAGCAGAGAUGUGGUGGUUCAUAAUCAACAACCGAGAACCACUAAUUAA